AUGAAUCCAGACCCCGUGAGGUGUGAAAUUUGUGAAAUCGACUACACCAAUUUUGAACUCCUCAACAGACACAUGUUAGGGAAGAAACACCUCAAGAAACUUAAUGAAUUAGGGAAAAUAUCAGAUCCGUCCUUGAACUUUGUCACUUCACUGGACACCCAGCCUAUGCAAAAUCCAAAAUCUACCGAGGGCAAAGCUGUCAAUUCACAUGAAGGUAACCCCAUGUCGUGUGAACUUUGUGGGAUCAGUUGCCACACCUACAAGAUGCUCAAAGUUCACCUAGCAGGACAAAAACACAAAAAGAAGUUGAAGAAAUCAAAAGAACCCAUUGUACCUAACCUCGUGUCGUGUGAACUUUGUGGGAUCAAUUGUAGCACUACCGAGGUUCUCAAAGUUCACCUCACAGGACAAAAACACCAAAAAAAGUUGAAGAACACAGAAAUACCAAUUGUACCUAACCCCGUGUCAUGUGAACUUUGUGGGAUCAAUUGUAGCACUACUGAGGUGCUCAAAAUUCACCUAGCAGGACAAAAACACCAAAAAACGUUGAAGAACCCAGAAAUACCAACCGGACCUAAUCCCGUGUCGUGUGAACUUUGUGGGAUCAAUUGUAGCACUACCGAGGUGCUCAAAUUUCACUAA